GUGUGUUGCAUUCAUUAUUGUGAAAUAGUUUAGCUAGAUUAGGUAGAGUUUUGUUAUUUUUUAAAUUUCCUAACGCAAGUGGCACCAGUAUGGGACAGCACGUAUCCCGUACCGAUUUCGAAUGGACGUACACGGAGGAACCGCAUGCCAGCCGGCGCAAGCUAAUCCUGGAAAAGUAUCCCCAAAUCAAGAAACUUUUCGGGUACGAUCCACAAUUCAAAUGGGUCGCCAGUGCGAUGGUUCUCACCCAGCUAGCGAUGCUGUUCGUCGUGAAGGACCAAUCGUGGAAGAUGGUGUUCCUUCUGGCGUACUGUUUCGGGGGUGUGAUUAAUCAUUCGCUAAUGCUGGCGUGCCAUGAAAUUGCUCACAAUCUCGCGUUUGGGCACGCGCGACCAAUGGCGAAUCGGUUGUUUGGCUUCUUUUGCAACCUUCCGAUCGGGUUACCGAUGUCGGUAUCGUUCAAGAAGUACCAUCUGGAGCACCACCGUUAUCAGGGUGACGAAGUGAUCGACACGGAUUUGCCCACGUACCUGGAAGCGAAACUGUUCUGCACAACGGUUGGCAAAUUUUUCUGGGUCUGUCUCCAACCGCUGUUCUACAUCUUUCGGCCACUGAUAGUGAAUCCGAAACCACCGCAAAAGCUCGAACUGGUAAACGGGGUCAUACAGCUUGCCUUCAACACACUCAUCGUGCAGUACUUCGGGUGGAAAGUGAUGGUCUAUCUGAUCGUUGGAUCACUACUUGCGAUGGGCCUUCAUCCGGUGGCGGGACAUUUCAUCUCCGAGCAUUACAUGUUUGCGAAAGGGUUCGAAACGUACUCGUACUAUGGACCUCUGAACUGGAUCACCUUUAAUGUGGGGUAUCACAACGAACAUCACGACUUUCCUGCCGUCCCUGGCCGAUUGCUGCCGGAAGUGAAGCGAAUUGCGCCCGAAUUCUACGACAACAUCCCGCAGCACACGUCCUGGACGCGGGUGCUGUACGAUUUCAUCACCGACCCAUCCAUCGGACCGUACGCUCGUAUCAAGCGUAAAGCACGCGGUCUGGAUUCGUAAACCAGAUAUUACCAGG